AUGAGAUCUGAUCUCUCGGCAGAGGAGUAUGAGGAGGGCAAGAAGGACACAUUGGAGCAGAUGAAGGAGUUUGAGCUGUCGCUCAAGAAGAUGAUGACUGGCAACAUGACAUUGGUGUCUGAGCUGGGCAGCGUUCAGUUGGCCAUUCAAGCCGCCGUCUCCAACGCCUUCAAGACACCAGAGGUCAUCAAGCUGUUUGCCAAGAACGAUCAAGGCCAGCUGAGGAACAAGCUUACUACCCUUCAGAGAGAUGUCAAGCUUAGCAAAAUACCAAAGGACGACUUUAUCGAUCAGACUAUAGAGAUUCUUGUUGCCUUGAAGAAGCUAGGUGCAACUUUGUUGGCAGAGGAAGAGAGCUUUUUGGAGCAACACAAGACAAGAUCAAUGGCUGACUUUGAGAAGGCAUCUUCAAGCAUUGCCCAAGGAACACAAGAUAACCUUUUGUCAAAGGCUGCUACUCAGAUCCAAAGCGCCCAGAAG